UCGAUGCCCUCCCAAUGACAGAACGGAGCCAAUUCCAGAAGUCGAGAGACCGUCGGGCGGCGGGCUGUCGCCGGGAAUUUUGAAUUUUUAUGGAGCGUUUCAUCGAUCUUCGUGAUUUGGUUGAAGGAGCGAGGCGGCUGAUUCUUAUUAUUGUUGGCCUGUGAAUUAGCGUUUGAGCGCAGGAAGGAUUGCCAGUGACCUGAGGUUUUCAGUGAGUCUCAUUGUCGGGUGGGAAAUUGUUAUAUUUUGGAUCUCUGGAUUGGGCCACCAAAACCUAGAAUUUUUUGCGGGAGGAACUAUUUGGAUCAUCAAGCACACAGAAUGGGUAUUGAAGUUACUACUUCCUCCAAUCCAGAUUUUAGUUGGACGGUUGUACCGAGAGGAAGACGGACCAGGAAGCUAAUGGCCAGAAGCAUCAAAAGUGUUGCCGAGGAGGAGGGCAACUUUUCCUUCCCUGGAAGAAUUGGAGAUUUUACAGAGUCUAAUUUAUACAAGUUUGGAGAAGCUGCUAUUGGACAAUCAACCUCCGAUAAAUUGGGGAAUGUUCCAAUCAAGAAAAGGAAACAUUUGCUACAGCCUCCAUUGCCUCAAACAUUGACACCUCCAGGCUGUUCAGAACAUGAAUAUAAUAAUGUUGAGGACUUCUCCGGCAUUGAACUUUUGGCAGCUGCUGCCAGUCGAGAUGAUGAUAGUGGUAAUGCACAAUGUGAGCCAGGUUUGAAGAGAGGUGAAUAUAAUAAUGUUGAGGACUUCUCUGGCAUUGAACUUUUGGCAUCUGCUGCCAGCCGAGAAGAUGAUAGUGGUAAUGCACAAUGUGAGUCAGGUUUAAAGAGAAGUGAAUCGGAGAGUUCCACUUGCCGUAAUGCUGAUGGGUUGUUGAUUCAGAGCAACUCUGAUACUGUUUCUCAUAACCCACUUGGAAAAUCAGUGGAUGUGAUGGCUAUGCCGAGGGUUAACAGGCUGCAUUGGGAUUUAAACACGCCGAUGGAGACUUGGGGUGAACCAUGUGAUGCAUCCAUUGUUGGGAACACUUCAAAUUAUGAUAUGCAUGUUGAAGAAGACAUGAAGAAAGAUUGUUCUAAUGCCACGCAAGAGAUGUCUGAUGAAGCUACCGAGAACAUCGGUGGAGAUGUGAUCCCAGAUGAAGUUGUUAACAGCGACAAUAAAAAGGAUAUUCCAGAUCUAGUUCUAAGUAGUGACGUUCAAAAUUCUGUAAUCCAAGCAACAACUCAAGAUACAGUUGAACAUUGCAUUCCACCUUGGGAAAUAUCUGAAACUGCGAAGUAUGUGCAGUGCAAAAACUCGAAGGAUUCUUGGGAGGCUUGUGAACCACCAGGUGGUACUAUUCAAGGUGAUCUUUCUGUUCUAACUUCUGAUGCAAAGGUUCAAAAUGAUGGGGCUUUUGAUUUUAUGGGGCAUGUAGUAUCAACUGAAAUUGAUGUCAAGCAUGAUGGUGAUAAUCUUCCUAAUGAAGGAUCAAGGACAUUGGAUUCAUAUGAAAACCCUGUUGUUCCAACACAAUAUUGUGGUGAUCCAAGUUCCUCUACCGGAAAGAUAGGUUCUUCUAUUGAUGGGCUGCGAGAUUCUGAUGUUUCCCGCAAUCAUAAUUUUCAUGCAGUUGAUGGUGUCGGUUCAACUGAAUGUCAGGAUGGGUAUGAUUCUCCAUAUGAGGAUGGAGAGUUACGUGGUUCAAUAUUGUUUUCCUUGGAGAAAGAUGAGUUGGAAUCUGAGUGCGUUGACUAUGAAUCUGAUGGUAGAACUGAUGUUGGUUCUGAUGCUGUUGAUUACCAUCACUCUCCGGUCCUUGACGGUGGUUCUGAUGGUUCUUGUGGGAAUACUGCAAGGAGCCCAGUUUCCAAAAAAUCACCCAAAGACAGCAAAACAUUUAAACAGAAUUUGAGGAUGCAUAUUGACAAAGAUGAUUCAAAAAACAAUGAGAUGGUUGGAAAUGGAUCAACUGUAGGUUCUGUCACCACAGCUGAGGAGCCUAUGGAAAUGAAUAUCAAGGAAAAUGAUGAUUCCUUCAAAAGAAGGCAUUUGAAUGAUAAAAGAGACAUGCCAGAAAUGUAUGAAAGUGCAUCAAAAACUCUCAGGGGAAGGCUUCAAUCUCAUGCUGGAGGAUGGUCACCAUUGUAUGCAACUGAUGGGAAGGAUGCCUUUAUCCAGGAACAAAGAUCACGUCUCAGUGUUUUGGAUUCUCAUACCGAAAGGGGUCCUUAUCAUGGCAAACCUUUGGAUGAAUUUAGACCUGCUACUAAUGCUAGACGAGGAGUGCGUAGCUCCUCAGCAUAUAGGGAUUCAAGAAGGCAAUAUUCCUCAAGUUUCCAGGGAGCUGAGCGUUAUAACUACAACAGAGCUAGGAAUAUGGUUGGAAAUUUGGACAGGAUGAGUGGCCCGGGUUUCCAUGACCAAGGUGAAACAUCUUAUUAUAUGUCAGAAGACCUGCACAGGACCUUCAUGAGAUCACCGGAGGAGAGUGAAGAUUAUUUUGGUACGAGGAAAAGAAGAGUACCCUCCGCCCAAGCUGGCGGCUAUAGAAGAAGCAGGGUUCACUACUUGCAUCGUGCUGACAGAGAUUUUGAAUCUCUACCUGAUGAGGCCAAUGUCUCUACUCAUUUCUCACGUUCAUCAGCAAAGGAUCGGAACUUUUUGCCAAACUCUGGUAAACAUGUCCAUAUUCCUCCACACAGAAGAUCUCGCUCCAAAUCUAGAGCACUUUCCCCUGGGCCAUGGCCUUCGCACAAGAAUCAAAUCUUGAGUACUACAAGGGACAGCAGGUCUCCAUAUUUCAGAUCUGUGGCUUGGAUGGACAGAAGAAGGGCGUCAUUUACAAAACCUUCUUUUACUCCUGAUUUUGGGGAGGGAUACUUACCCCAAUCAAGGGGUCGGCGUUCUUCUCCGCAACACAGUUUUCGAUGGGAUAAUGAUGAUACCUUCACAAAUAACCAUUCUAGGCACAUGAGAUCACCAGUGUUUAGGGACAAUCAGAGGUUUCAUGCUGUUGGUUCUUCUGGGCGAUUGAAGUCAGAUGAGUACUUUAAACCAAUGUUUCGGUCUGAAAAACUAUCUGUCAUGAAGAAUAGUCGAAAGGAAUGCAAGGUAGAAUCCAAUUGUGAUAGUAAGAGAUGUCCUGACUGGGAUGAGAUGGUGCACAGAAGACCAAAUGCCUAAUGCUAAUUGAAAUGUCCUUCGGUUUGGGUGUAAUUUGCCAAUAAUUUUGAGACAAGCAACUUGAAGGCAGCCAAAAAAGCAUGGUGUAGAAGUUACUGAUGCCCCUGAAAACUGAAGUUCAGUUUUCCUCUUAGCAUCACUGCCUUUUUGUGUUUCAAAUAUGUUUGUAGGUUGGGAAUUUUCUUACAGCUCAGUUAUUUGCUGAACUGCCGAAAAUACAAAAUUUUUUAUAUGUUAAUAUAUGUCAAUCACCAUGCUCGUACAGAAAUCUGGUCAAUUUUCUGGACCAUUGGUAUGAGUAUUUGUAUUGUCAAGACAAGUUUCUGAGAAAUCUUUCAGUAAUGAAGUAAGAAAUGAUCCAUGAA